CCAGUUCCAUCACUAUUACAAUAAGACAGGAAGAAGAAGAACUUUUGCGAAAAUUCUCUUUUUUUUCCGAGUUUUCAUUGAUUAAACAAAUUCCAAAGUAGCAUUACCCACUUGGAAAUGUCGCUCUUUCGCAAACCGAAGAAGAUCCAACGACGCGUGUUCUCCAGCAACGCGGACGAGGAGGAGGACGGGACAUCCUUGGACCCGGACGCCGAAAUGGAGGCCCCUCCGCCUCCCAUAAUUUCCGGCAAGCGGGACAAGGAGAAGAGCCGGAAGGCCAUUAAGCCGCAGGAGGACAGCAGCAAACCGAAGGCGCUGCUCAGCUUCGCGGAUGAUGAGGACGACGGCGAGGUCUUCCAGGUGCGGAAAUCGUCGCACAGCAAGAAAGUGAUGCGCAUGCUGGACAAGGAACGCCGCAAGAAGAAGCGCGAGGAGCGGGCGGAAAACAGCGGACAUCCCGGUGGCGAAAAUGGUAGUACACAGCAUUUAGAGUCGUCCGGUGGCCCAUCUUCGGGCCCAGCCAAUUCCAACUCGAAUCCUGCCAAUGCUGGCAGAUAUAAAAGUGCCAGCGAUCAGAGUAAAAGUAAAAAAAGUGAUAAUCAUAUGAUCCAAACCGAAAUACGCACAGACGACUUUGUGCUAGUGGUAAAGAAAUCUGAGACCCCCGAGGGAAUUCUGAAUGGUCGAGCUGCCCUCUGUGCUGGACGAGAUGAUAUGGACGACGAAGACGACCAGCAAUCCGAAGAUGGUGGCCACGACAAGACGCGCCACCGCUUCUCAAAGCCGGAGCAUUUGAAACAGAUGCUGGAGAGCGGUUCCAUUCCGGAUGCAGCAAUGAUACAUGCUGCCCGAAAGCGUCGGCAGAGAGCCAGAGAACAGGGAGCAGGCGACUACAUACCCGUUGAGGAGCCUAAGGAGCCGGCCAAACUGAGCACCCGCCUUCCCUGCGAAGACGUUGAGGGGGAUCAAUCGGAUGACGAGGAGCGCAUGGAUAUGAACGACAUAACAGGACGCAAAGAGCGCGAAGAGCGGCGCGAGCAGUUCUAUGCCGUCGAGAAUGAUUCCACCGACGAAGACUCUGACCGCGAGAUGAACGAAUGGGAGAACCAACAAAUCCGCAAGGGUGUCACGGCUGCUCAGUUAGUGCAUUCCCAGCACGAAACUGUGCUCUCCCGUUUCAUGAUCAAGCCUGCUACACCAGGAGGUGGGUCUGGAAUGGACGACGGAGAUUUAACGACGCAACAGUCCACGUCCACGCUGCUAGAGCAGGCCUAUGCUAAAAAUGCCCUCGACCGCAGCAAUUUGGCGGCAGCAGUUCGCUCAUCUGCGAAGUCCAAAAAGGAGAAAGCCAAAGCUACUGCAUUAAGAACUCCGCAAGAAAUCGUUGCCGCUAUUCAGUCGCGUCUAAGCGAGCUCAAGGAGCGAUCGGCGGAUCACACCGCCAGUAUGGCGAGGAUCAGUAUCGAACUGAAGUCACUAAAGCUCCAGCAAUUGGAAUGCCAGCAGAACGCACCAACAGCGGCGGCAAAGUACAAGUUCUACCAGGAAGUAAAGUGCUAUGUAAACGACCUUGUAGACUGCCUCUCUGAAAAGACGCCAGUGAUCAAUGAACUUGAAAAAAGGGCACUGCAACAGUACGGAAAAAACCAGCGCUAUCUGGUGAAUAGACGGCGGCAGGAUGUUCGGGAUCAGGCCAAAGAAAUUGCCGAAGCAGCAAAACCCGCAUCAGCAGCAUCCCGUCGUGCACCAGAAUACGAAGAGCAAGUACGUCGUGCCGCGGAAAGGGAGGGUCGAAGGACACGUCGCCGUUGCGACCGCGAGCGAAACGAUCUACUCUCCUCCCACCUGGAUGGCAUGUCCAGUGACGAUGAGAUCGCCGACCAGCAGCAGGAGCAGAGCGUAGUGUCAACGGCCCAAAUAGAAUCCGAGUCUGUGGAGGCGUUUGACGAUGUUACCGAGGACUUCAGCAAGAUUGAGCUGAUCCUGAUGAAGUUUUAUGCAUGGCGAAAGACGGACAUGUCUUCGUAUCAAGAUGCAUUCGUAAGUCUGUGCCUUCCAAAACUCUUGGCGCCACUGGUGCGCCACGAACUGAUUCUUUGGUCGCCUCUGCUGGAUGAGUACGCGGAUAUUGAGAAUAUGCGGUGGUAUCAGGCCUGCAUGCUUUAUGCCUACCAGCCAGAUGAAACUGUCGAGCAGCUAAAGAACGACCCGGAUGUCAAUUUGGUGCCGGCGCUCAUCGAGAAGAUUGUCCUGCCCAAGGUUACAGCUCUGGUCACGGAAUGCUGGGAUCCCUUGUCGACCACGCAGACCCUCAGAUUGGUGGGAUUCAUCAAUCGGUUAGGCCGCGAGUUUCCGUUAAGCGGGACCAAUAAGCAACUUAACAAACUUUUCGAAUCCAUCAUGGAACGGAUGCGGCUAGCCCUAGAAAACGAUGUUUUUAUACCCAUCUUUCCCAAACAAGUGCAAGAAGCAAAGACGUCGUUCUUUCAGCGACAAUUCUGCAGCGGCCUGAAGCUGUUUCGCAAUUUCCUAAGUUGGCAGGGCAUUCUGGCUGAUAAACUGCUGCGGGAGCUGGCCAUUGGAGCGCUGUUAAACCGCUACCUUCUGUUAGCUAUGAGAGUCUGCACACCAAACGAUGCCAUCAACAAGGCUUAUAUAAUUGUGAAUACUUUGCCGACGGUCUGGUUAGUGCCCAACAGCGAGACCCUCAAGAACUUGGAGCUUUUCAUAGGAUACAUUAAACAAACUAUAGAGAGCUGUGAUGCCACCAAUCCAGUCUUCAUGCAAUCCAGCGAUAAGGCCAAACAAAUUCUACAAAGACUACAUAGUAUAUAAAGUGCAGGGACUACCAUUUACAGCUCACAUCAAUCUAACAAUCAAAUACUCGUUGUAGAACGCAUGGAAAGCACAACUAUCUGUUUUGUUAGCAAUCUUGUAACUAUAUGACUUCAAACAAUGUAAAUAAAUAGCAAGUGCUCAGUAAAACAUUUUCUAAAUGCAAGCUUGAGCUUACCAAACUUAA